AUGACCCCGGCCACCGCCAAAGAGGAGGCGGUCACCACCUAUCACUCCCUGUCCAACUCCAAGGACGUGCUGAUGAAGAUGACGUCCCCUGCCAACGCCAUCGACGAGGACGUGGUCGUGGUCUCGUACUAUCGGACCAAUGACGAGAUGCCCAAGGCCAUAGCUGAGCUCUACCUCACUGGCAUCGCGGUCUCCCUGGAUGCGGACGUCUACCGCAGUGGGCAAAUUGAGAUGGCAAGUGACAAGUGGGCGAAGAAAAACUGGGUCUGGGGCCCCAGCGGCUGGGGCGCCAUCCUGCUUGUGAACUGCAAUCCCACUGACACGGGCCAGGCCGCAGGCAAGACCACGAAGGAGUUCUCCCCAGAGGAAAUAAAGAAUCUGUCCCAGAUGGUACUGACCGUGCAGGGGCCCAGCCGCAUUUUGAGGAAGCACCGGCUGGUUCUCCACACCUCCGAGGAAGAGGCCAAGAGGGCGAGGGUCUACCGGCCCCAAGAGGACGACUCCAACACCUUUGAGCUGGUGCUGGGCCCAGGCCAGCACACGUACAACUUCCCCCGGCUGGAGAGCAGCUUGCAGGAGACCCUCUAUGUGGAGGCCACGGAGUUCCCGUCCGCCAGCUUCUCUGGCCUCAUCUCCUUCUCUCUCUCCCUGGUGAAAGAGUCUCAAGACCCGUUAAUUCCAGAGAGCCUGGUACACAAGGACACGGUGGUGUUCCGGGUGGCGCCUUGCAUCUUCACCCCGAGCACCCAGAUGCCUCUGGAGGUCUACCUGUGCAGAGAGCUGCAGGUCCAGGGUUUCGUGAGCACGGUGAUGGAGCUCAGCGAGAAGAGUAGCUGCCAGUUGGCGUCUGUCUACGAGGACCCCAACCGCCUGGGCAGGUGGCUCCAGGACGAGAUGGCCUUCUGCUACACCCAGGCUCCCCACAAGACCGUGUCCUUGAUCCUCGACACCCCUCGGCUCGUCAGGCUCGACGAUUUCCCCAUGAAAUACUCUCUGAGCCCAAGGAUUGGCUACAUGAUCCAGCCCACCCAGGACCACAGGGUGGCCAGCAUGGAUUCCAUCGGGAACCUGAUGGUGUCCCCGCCUGUCAAGUUCAAAGAGAAAGAGUAUCCUCUAGGCAGGAUCCUCAUUGGCAGCAGCUUUUACCCCAGCAAGGAGGGCAGGGACAUGGGUAAGGACCUGCGUGACUUCCUCUACGCCCAGCAAGUCCAGGCCCCGGUGGAGCUCUUCUCAGACUGGCUGAUGACCGGCCACAUGGACGAGUUCAUGUGCUUCCUCCCCACACCGGUCAAGAGCGAGGACGAAAAGGGCUUCUGGCUGCUCCUGGCCAGCCCCAGCUCCUGCUACAGACUCUUCCAGGAGAAGCAGAAGGAAGGCUACGGAAGCAUGCCUCUGUUCGAAGAAGUCAGGGAGGACCAGCUUCUUUCCAACGGGAGGGACUCCAUCACCAUCAAUCAACUUCUGGCCGAUGAAAACCUGAGGAAGCAGAAUAACUACGUGGAGAGGUGCAUUAACCUGAACCGACACAUCCUGAAGCAGGAGCUGGGCCUGCAGGACAAGGACAUCAUUGACGUCCCCCAGCUCUUCUGCUUGGAGCAGCUGACGAAUGUCCCCUCGAACCAGCAGACUGAGAAACUCUACGCCAGGCCCUACUUCCCCAACCUGCUGCAGGUGACGGUGAUGGGCAAGAACCUGGGCAUCCCCAAGCCUUUUGGGCCCCAGAUCAAGGGCACCUGCUGCCUGGAAGAGAAGGUGCGCCAGCUGCUGGAGCCCCGGGGCUUCCAGUGCACCUUCAUCAACGACUUCGACUGCUACCUGACCGAGAUCGGAGACUUCUGCGCCUGCGCCAACAUCCGCCGGGUGCCCUUCGCCCACAAGUGGUGGAGGAUGGUGCCUUAGGCCCAGGCCCCGCACAGGUGGCUCAGUGUCACUGUGCCCUGGCCCUGCACGGGGUCCUUAUCCUGUUCCCCUGUCCCUCAGACUCCCGUGGGGUGGCAAAGGCUGCCAGACUGAACCCCCUGGAGAUGGAAACGGCCUUCAGCUGAGAAGUGGUCAUUAAAGCUUUGGCUGUUCUGAAUGCAUCUUGGCAGUGGCCGCCUUGUUUGGGGGAGGAUGGAAAGCCGAGCAGGUGGGAAUACCUGUGGCCAACCUGUCCUGCUUGCCGGGGGCAGGGGAUGGGGCUUACAAGUUGCUGUCGGCCUCAACCUUCACGGCUGUCUGGAGUGAG